GAGUUCCAUUAUUCAUGUCUGGAAGCUUAAAGCCGUUUACAUCAAUGAUUAUCGAAUACAGUUAAACCAAAGUUCAGGAAAGUAACGUUAGUGUGAAUUGAUGCACAACUGCAGAAUUCACCGUUACAUUACAGUGCAAAGAAGAAGAAGACAUGAGCUCCAAAACACUAACGCUUCCAGCUCGUUUAGUCCGUCAUUGCUUACACAAACCUCGGGUUGUUUGCGUGGAUCCUGUGCGGUUGUACUAUGGGUCUCCGCAGGCGGCAGCGGGAUCAGCUAUCCGCACGGUGGACCUCCGCAGCGACACGGUCACCAAACCUGGAGCAGCCAUGCGCCGAGCCAUGGCCGAGGCUGAGGUCGGAGACGACGUGUUCGGGGAAGACCCUACGGUUAAUGAACUGCAGAAAAUAGCUGCUGAUAUGUUUGGCAUGGAAGCGGCUCUAUAUGUCCCCACAGGAACGAUGAGUAACCUGAUUGCAGUUAUGGUUCACUGCAGAGAGAGGGAUGAUGAGAUGAUAGUCGGAGAUCUCUCUCAUAUUCAUGUUUAUGAGCAAGGAGGAAGUGCACAGCUAGCAGGCGUCCAUUCUGCAACAGUCACCACCCUUGGCGAUGGCACCUUUGACCUAGACCAGCUGAUCUCCAAGAUCCGUCACGGUUACCCUGACCCACACUACCCACGCUCCCGCCUGGUUUGUGUGGAAAACACGCACAAUAUUCAGGGAGGGCGCGUCCUCCCACUCUCCUUCCUGCAGGAGCUUCGCUCCGUAGCUGAUAAGUUUGGUUUGGCUGUCCAUAUGGAUGGAGCGAGGGUGAUGAAUGCAGCUGUGGCACUUGCCGUCCAGCCAUCUGUUAUACUGCAGCAUUGCCACUCUGUCAGUGUGUGUCUGUCCAAGGGACUCGGGGCACCUGUGGGCACCAUGCUAGGUGGGUCGAAAGAUUUCAUACAGAGAGCAGUGCGUGCCCGCAAGACACUUGGCGGAGGAAUGCGCCAAUCAGGUGUCUUGGCAGCAGCUGGUAAGAUUGCCCUGUCAGACAUGAUUGGCAGACUGGAGGAGGACCACAGGAAUGCCAGACGCUUUGCUCAAGCGCUGGUAGAGUGUGACCCUUCUCUGUAUCGGGUGGAUCUGAGCACUGUGGAAAGCAACAUUUUGAGGUUCUGUCUGCGGGACCGCCAAAUGAGCCCAGCAGAGUUCUGCGAACGGAUGGCAGGUGUAGAUGAAGAAGAGGUGAAGGCUCUGGGACAAGGGGUCCGGGUUCUGAUGUUCCCCCAUGUUGGGACAGUCAGGGCUGUGUGGCAUCUGGGCAUCAGCGGGGACACUCAGCUGGCAAUACAGAAGGCUCAGUUUGUGGCCCAACAGCACAAGCAGCAUGAGAACGCCCCUUGACC